AUGGAGGAAAUAGCUAUCUCGGAGUACGACCUCCUGCCGAAGCUGGUCUCGCGACUGGACAGGCACAUGAUCUUCCCGCUGCUCGAGUUCACUGCGGGUCAGCUCGAGGAUGAGGAUGGCCAGACAAAGGACGCCGACAAGGCCAAGGAGAUCACCCGAGCCAAGUACGAGCUGCUCAAGAAGACCAACAUGACCGACUACGUCGCCAACUUGUACUGCGAGCUCGAGGGCCUCGAGAACCCGCCUGAGGAGUUCGCGGCUAAGCGCCAAAAGGUCAUCGAGACCCUCGAGAAGUACGAGGACGCGACGCAAAAGAUUACGGAUCUGUUGGGUCGUGAGGAUGUCGUUGCGAAUCUGCGGAGUGAUAAGGUGGCCAACCUGGACUUCUUGAAGAAGGAGCACGAUGUUACGAUCGAGAACGUGAACGCCCUCUACGAUUUCGGAAACUUCCAAUACAGCUGCGGCAACUACGGCGCGGCGGCCGAACUCCUCUACCAGUUCCGUGUCCUGUCAACCGACAACGACAAGGUCAGCGCUGCGACAUGGGGAAGACUAGCAUCAGAGAUCCUAUCCACAAACUGGGAGUCUGCUCUAGAGGAACUACAGAAGGUGAAGGAGGGUAUCGACACAAAGCUGUUCAACAACCCACUAGCACAGCUUAGCCACCGCACAUGGCUCACUCACUGGGCCCUCUUCCCCCUAUUCAACUUCGACCAGGCCCGCGAUCCCGUCCUCGACCUCUUCUUCUCCCCCGCCUUUAUCAACACCAUCCAGACCGCCUGCCCCUGGAUCCUGAGAUAUCUUGCCGCCGCUGUCAUUACCGGCCGUGGUCGCACACGCAACUCGGGCGCCCACCAGAAGCAGAUCAAGGACAUUGUCCGCAUCGUGAGGCAGGAAGCCUAUGAGUACAACGACCCCGUAACCGACUUCAUCCGCGCGCUCUUCAUCGACUUCGACUUCGAGGAGGCACAGCGCCAGCUCAGCCGCGCCGAGGAGGUCCUACGAGGCGACUUCUUCCUGGCCGGCACGGCAGACGCGUUCGUCGACGCGGCGCGCCACCUCAUCUUUGAGAGCUACUGCAAGAUUCACGCGCGCAUUGAUAUCAAUGGCCUGUCGGCGCGGCUGGGGCUGAACGUGGACGAGGGCGAGAAGUGGAUUGUCAACCUCAUCCGCGACACGCGCCUCGACGCCAAGAUCGACUACAAGGAGGGCACCGUGGUCAUGAACCACCCGCCGAGCAGCGUGUACCAGCAGGUCAUUGAGCGGACGAAGGGAGGCUUCUUCAGGACGCAGGUGCUGAGUGCGGCGGUGGCGCGAUAA